AUGAACGGAAAAAAUUUCAGCAUCUUGGACCUUGCUCCUUUAUAUUUAGCACUUCCAACGCUGGCAAUUUCGUUCAGACUGCUGGGUUCGAUUCAAAAAGACCCUAUGCUCUGUUUUCUUCAGAGUGUGUUUCUCAGCAGCUUGAUCCCUACAGCUUUGACAUUUUGGAAUAGCUGGGCAACUAGAGAGAUGACUGAUGAACCACAGAAGAAGGGGAAUGAUUUUUUAGUGUAUUUAUCGUUGACAAUUCUGUUUUUCGCAAACGGUUACCUGCCAGUAGGGAGAACCAUUAGCUUGGUGAUCAUCACGUUGAUAUGCACAAGGAUUGAUGCAAAGUACGAUUCAAAGCUGCUGAAAUUUCAAUCGUUGUUUUUUGCAGGGAUUUACUUUAUUUACGACGUGGCAAGAAAUCAUGACAAAGAUGUGUUUCCAAAAUUGGUGAUUUCCUAUCUCAGUCUAUUGAUCCCUUAUUGGAUUUUCUUACAUUUCAAUCGUAACGGAUUAAGCCUUGCUGGUUCCGAAGGCAAGUUGAGACAUGUUUUGAUAUCAGCUGUCAGUUUUGCUCUGCUACUUUGGUGGGGACUUGAUAGUAUCAAUUUUCAAAUGUUGUUCAUUGCUGUGGGAUCAUUAGUACUAUUAACCGUUUCUCAGACAGAAUCACGUUUGCAAUCACCUUUUCAAGCGUUCGACCGUUCAGCAUUCUUGACCAAUCCUAAGGCUCAUCUCUUGAUUCUCAGUCUAAUUUGCAUGGUGGUGUCAUUUCUCAGCAUUCCGAAGCACUUCCUGGAAUACCUGUUUGAGUUGUCACUUAACGGUUUCGUCAUGAUAUUUUUGAAACCAUUGUCGCUGGAAGACGCCAUUGAUGAAGCAAACUUUAACAAGUCUUUGCAUCCAAAAGAGCCCCGCAGCUCAGCUGCGAAACCCUCAUUCAUUAGUCGUUUACUCAAGUCUCAAAAGUCAAGCUCCAUUUUCAACUUUCUUCUUCUGAACACCUCAUUCAUGUUGGUACAAUUGUUGUAUUCCUUCCGUUCCAAAUCUCUAAGUUUGUUGAGCGAUUCUUUGCACAUGCUAUUGGACUGCACAUCAUUACUUUUGGGGCUGCUUGCCAACUUUUUUGCUGCCGAAGACCUUGAAAGACAAAAAGCUUCUAAGGCUCUCCGAGAAGAGCGUGAACGUAAACUCAAAAAAAGGUAUGGACAUUUACCGAGGCAAGAAUAUGAAGUCAAAAAGGCUCAACUGAAUAGUAUUCAAUUCUAUGAUUCUGCAAACCUUUAUCCUUUUGGACUUGCAAGGAUUGAAACUUUAGCAGGUUUUACAAAUGCAAGUUUAUUGCUGGGGAUAGUCUUUGGGAUUUUCAGUGAAGGAAUUCACCGUAUUUUCCAUCCAGUUGACCUUCAAAAAACAAAUGAACUACUAAUUGUCAGCUUUUUAGGACUUGUGGUAAACCUAGUCGGGAUCUAUUCGUUUGAUCACGGACACAGCCACGGACAUAGUCACGGACAUAGUCAUAGCCACGAUCAUAGCCAUUCACAUGAAAAUAAUAAUACCCAUGCUCAUGACCACUCGCAUUCCAAGUGUGAAGAUGACCACGAUGAACACAAAACUCCAGACCAUCCACAACACACAGUUGCUGACAAUGACAACAUGCGUGGUAUUUUUCUUCACAUUCUUGCUGAUACCCUGGGAUCUGUUGGGGUUGUUAUUUCCACCUUGUUGAUUAAAUGGCUUAACAUUCAAAUCCUGGAUCCUAUAAUGUCGUUGACUAUUGCAUCUUUGAUUUUUGUUAGUUCCUUACCAUUAUUGAAGUCUUCGAGCAAGAAUUUGCUCCUCUCGGUCACUGGUAAUCAUGAUCAGGCGAUUAAGGAUUUCUUAUCGGCAUUAUCUUCGAUCCAUGCUGUAAAAUCUUACUCAACACCAAGAUUUUGGCCUCUCAAUGGAAAUGGUCCCAAGGAUACCCUCACAGGCUACAUUCAUAUUCAAUAUUAUAGAACUGAGAAUUCAUUAUCCAUCAAACAAAAAGUUCAAGCACUUCUUACGAAUAAUCCUGCUUUCGACAAAGUUUACAUUCAAUACGAGAACGAGAUAGACGAUUGUUGGUGUCGCAGGACAGGUAUUGUUAAUUCACAGUGA